ACAAGCUGGCCCGAGUACAAGKRGAGCUCCGAUGAACACURGGRCAACUGAUCGCAUAAUCUACCUGCCGAGGGAGCGAAAGUGUCCAAUCUUUCGAGGAACUCAUGGUGUCGGUGUGGAGGAGUGGAUAGAAGAGGUUCGCACCAGCAUGCGAGUCCGCCAUGUUGGACCCACAGAGCAGGCUGCUUUCAUUUUUGACCAUCUUGAAGGUGAAGCUCGAGAUGAGAUUAAAUAUAGAUCCUCAGCUGAACGUGAGAAUCCAGAAACUGUUUUCACCAUUUUAAAAGAACUGUAUGGUUGCCAACAGUCAUAUGUCUUAUUACAGGAGGACUUCUUUUCACGGAGACAAUUASAUGGUGAAUCUUUGCAGGAAUUCUCUCAUUCCUUGUUUUGCUUGAUGGACAAAGUUAAAUCUAAUUCUCCUCAUGCUAUGGCAAAUGCUGACWUGUUACUUCGUGAUCAAUUUAUUCAAAAUGUUAGUAAUUCUGACCUGCGUAKAGAGCUAAAGCGUUAUGCUCGUGAUAAUCCGAGUUGUACAUUACUGGAGGUUAGAGCUGAGGCAAUUAUGUGGGAGCGUGAGGGYGGGGUGGAAAAUAAAAGUAGUGUUGUCCCCUCUUUUUGUGCUGUACAGAGUGCCAGUGUGUCCCCCCCCCAACUUGAUUCUCCAGCUAGUUCUGUUGCCUCGCAACUUGCUACUCUGACUGUAAUUUUACAAAAGCAGCAGGAACAGUUGGAUCAGGUUAC